AUGAUACGAAAAGUCGAGAGAGUCAGAACAGAACUGAUCAUGGACUUUAUUGGUUUGGAGACUGAACUGGAUCCUUCUGUCGAUCUUCUAGAGACAAACGCUUUCUAUGACUCGGCCGACAAUAGUUUAACUGGCACUGGAAACACGUUGAGUCAUGAAAUAGGCCACGGAUUCGACAUGAUUGGGAGGACUUCGGAUGAAAAUGGAGUUGACAAGGAUUGGUGGGCAAAAGAAGAUUUGGCGGAGUAUGAUAAGCGUGCGAAAUGCCUAGUUAAUCAAUACAAUAGUUAUGAUGAUCCGGAUUUCGGGAUGAAAUUGAAUGGGUCUACAACAAUAGACGAAAUAAUUGCGGACGGGUUGGGAGUGGAGACGUCUUGGAGAGCUUUCAAGAAGUUAGACCUAUCAAAAGAGCAACAUAUAGUUGGAUUCGAUAAUUACAGUAUUGCUAAAGUAUACUUCCGCAUAGCAGCUCUGGGAUCUAAGGAAGCACUAGUGUCUCCCGAUGAAUCUACCAGAAGUACUUCUGGAGUGACGUCUUCUAGGCCAACUGUUUCAACUUUUGAGAAUCCUAAGAAAACACCGAACUCAUCCAAAGUGCCAUCUGCUACAACUGAGAAAGCUGAAACAAAGACUGAGCCAGUUAUAUCUGAAACGACUGUCAGACCAAAUAUUCCAACUCUGAAACCUCGAAAUGUUUGUGAAACUCCGGAAUGCAUUACGUUGGCUCAUCAAUUGCUCAAUUGGCACGACCCGAGCAUUGAUCCAUGUGUAGACUUUUAUAAAUCAGCAUGUGGAAAGUACAAUGAACAUACUACGGUAUAUGGAACAAGGAGUCAGAAGAAGAAUCUUAUUGUGGCUAGUCUCAUUGAUGAGUAUCUUAUCAAAAACACGACUUACAAAACAAAGACUGAAAAUAAUUUCAAGUUCUACUACAACAAAUGUGUAGAGUUGCAGAAGAAUACAGAGGCGUUCCAAAGUAACUCGGAACAAGCACUGAAAGAUAUUUUUGAUGAUAUUAAAACUAUCGGAUCAUGGCCUCUUUUGGAUAAAAAUUGGGAUAAAUCAAAGUUCAAUUUGAAUGACAUGCUUUUCAAAAUAGCUAGUUUCGGGAAAAUGGAAUUCGGGUUGUUUGAAAUCGCCAUCUCAGAUUCACUGAUAAUCUCACCAGUUGGGGAAAGAAUCGAACCGGAUGAGAGUCUGAAAAAGACUAUCAAAGAAAUUCUGAAAGAAAAUGGAAUCAAAGUUAGUGACAAAACUCUGAACAAGGAUUUUGACGAGUAUGCAAGUUUCAUACAGACUCUUGACCAGGUUUGCUAA